AUGUGGGGGGCCCUCAGGCUCUCGCAAGUGCUGCAGGCUAUAUCCUACAGGCAGAGGGUCCCCUAUGGCGUCAAACAGACCGAGGCCUACAAAAAGGCCAAACAGCAAGCCCGAGCCGCAGCUCGGAAUGCGAGAAAAAUGAAGGAGUCAAAAGGGAUUUUGCUAGAGGGCAGAAAGAGUCUCAUGAUGUCCCUCCAGCAAAAUACGGGCAUCUCGUGGUAUCGCUCAAUUCAAGUUUUAAAGCACCUUGAAAUGCAUUCCAGGGCAAACCCCCCAAUCACAAACAAACUGCGAGAUAAAAUUGCCAGUGCGGCAGAGGCUGUCAAACAAGGACGAUAG